CCCUCGUCUAGAAAAUGCGCGUUUGUACUUUUUUAAUUGCCUUGACCGCACUGUUUGCUUCUGCUCCAGCCUAUGGGACAGGCAUAACUGUUCCAGGCACAAAGUGGUGUGGACCUGGAAAUACCGCUGCCAACUAUGAGGAUCUGGGUACCGAAGUCGAUAUAGACAUAUGCUGUCGGGCGCAUGAUCAUUGCGAGGAUAAAAUACUGUCAAAUGAAAAGCUUAAUGGACUCAACAACGAUGGCGUUUUUCCCAUCUUUUCCUGUAGCUGUGAGUCAGCUUUUCGUGAGUGCCUCGUAGCUUUGCAUAGCAUGGAGUCCGCUGCCCUGGGACGCAUUUACUUUCGCUCCACUAAUGUGUGCUUUGAUUAUAAUCAUCCAAUUGAGGCUUGUGAGCAGCAUCAGUGGGAUCUCUUUCAAAGCCGUUGUAUUAGCUAUAAGCUGGAUGAAGCCCAACCAGCACGCUGGCAAUUCUACGAUUUGCCCUACUACACGCACAUGGAUGAGGACAGUUAAGCUUAGCAUGCCAUUUGUUUACUAAAUAUUGAGUAUGCAAAAUAUAUUUAAACUUGACGAUAUUUAAAGUUCUGAGG